AUGGUUUGUGAACAAACCUCUGAAAUAUGUCUGGUGUGUCCAACAACAAAAACAACCUUCUCAGGCACAGGCAUAAGCCUUCAAGGAAAUGAUAAUGCGGUCACAGAUGUUGUGAUUUUCCCUGCUGCUAUAGGAAUAAUGGUAACUGGUCAAGCCAACACUUUUUCUGGUGUACAUUGCUACAAUAAGGCCUCUGGCUUUGGAGGUACUGGGAUUUAUUUGAAACUUCCUGGUUUAACACAAACUAGGAUUGUGAAUUCUUACAUGGAUUACACCAAAAUUGUUGUUGAAGACCCUAUUCAAGUUCAUAUCUCUAGCAGUUUCUUCCUUGGUGAUGCCAAUAUUGUACUAAAAUCAAUCAAAGGGGUUGUAAAUGGUCUAAGUAUUGUUGACAACAUGUUCUCAGGUUUAAAUAAUGGGGUUGAAAUUGUGAAGCUAGACCAAUCAAAUAGUCCUUUCAAUCAAAUUGAUCAAGUUUUAGAUUAG